AUGGCUUCAGAUUCCAAGACCGAGAAUGAUACGAUCAGGAAAAAUAACGAGGAAUUCUGGGUCCUUGACGAGUGUUUUAAGACCGAAAGAGUUGCACAGGCCUUAAUUUUGGGAGUUACCGUGCAUUUGGCUAGUUCCAAGUUCAUGAAGACGAGUGCGGAUACUGCUCUUUUCACUGGAGCUUCGACCAUGGUUGCAGCCUUUUUGGUGGGCAGUUAUGUUAACUACAGGGCUCGCAGUCGGGAUAACGGCAUAAACGGUAACGAGCUCAAGCACGUGAGGGAGUUUCUCCCCUCCUUCAAUGUUCUUUACUUGUUGUACUUGCCGUUUAUGCUGUCAAUGCUUUUUCAGCGGCGAUUGGCCCCGAUCAACUGCGCCUUGGCGUUCAACGCGAUAGAUAUGCCGUUCGUCCUCAGGUGGAUGCUCGAAGCGAUUUUGGUUUUGAUUAACGACGAGUUUUACCAUGAGAUGAGCCGCAACUUGAAAGCCAUUGUCCUGAACGGCUGUCUGAGCUAUGUGUUACAGGGAGUUGGCCACUUGAAAAGUUUUGACAUCGUUGAGUGCAACCUUUUUUCGAUGUUACUCACAAACGUGCUGUAUCUGAUUAACUCGGAUGAGCUCCAUUUCCAAGUAUUGCAGAAAACCUUAAUCGCAUUUCUUGCCAGCGUUUCGGUGAACUGCGUGUGGUCCUUGAUUUUACCGAAGCGAUUUAGAUGGCUAAGAUCGAUCGUGUUGUUGGCCUCAUUCGCGGCGGUUUUCCCUUUCACAAUAAUCCAAACGUUAACGAUUGACGGACAAAAUCCGGCUGUUUGGUUAGUCGACUAUAUCUCGUCAAGUGAGUCCCGCACCAAGAUACUUGGAUUCUGGCUUCUUUGCCUGCUGAUCCUCAUCCCUAAUAUAAUGGUUUUCAAAUCCAACAUGUCGUUAAAUACCUCGCGCAAAGUGUGGCAUUUCAUUGUAAUGGCACUCAUCAUUGGACCACUUCAAAUUGACCCUCAGUUUGUUAAAAUUGCCACUUCAGGGACCGUCGUUCUUUUCCUCAUAGUAGAAUACAUCAGAUAUUUGAAACUGGUUCCUGCGGGCGAGUAUUUGGAUGAAAAACUGAGAUCUUUUGCCGACUUUAGGGAUGAGAGGGGCCCUAUCAUCAUUUCCUAUAUUUACCUGAUCGUUGGUGUAGCAACUCCUCUCCUAAUAAAUGGGUCAUUGGUCGGUGUCGUGAGCCUUGGCGUGGGAGACUCUUUGGCAUCGAUUGUUGGACAUAAAUGGGGUAGAAUCAAGUGGCCCGGAACCAACAAAACAGUUGAAGGGACAUGUGCUUUCAUAAUUGCAACAGCCGCUUGCAAUCUGAUUCUUCAAAGCCAAAUCGGUGAGUUUCCAGAUAUUGGCGUGGCCAAUGUCAUUUUGACUGCUGUCCUAUCUGGCAUUCUCGAGGGAAAUAGUGUUUUGAAUGACAACAUCUUGAUUCCGGCAUUCAUGUUAAUUACCACAGAGGUAUGUAAAGGAAUUUGA